AUGGCGUUGGCAUACUUGCUCAAUGAGAUUAACACAGUGCCUGAAAAGCACAAUGUUUCCGUCCAACCAUUCGUCUUCAUCGUCAACCACAAGGCUCGUAGAGAAAGCACCGAUGAAGCCAACUACGUUCAAUCUCAGCUACGCCGUCUUAGCAUUGAAAGCGAAAUCCUCGAAAUCCAAUGGCCCAACAACAUUGAUCCAGCGAGUACCGCCGAUUUCGAAUUGAGGGCUCGGCGAGCACGGUAUCGGCUGGUUGCAGAUGCGGCGAUUCAGAAGAAGAUCCACCAUCUUUUUUUGGGACAUCACCAAGACGACCAAGUUGAAACAGUCCUAAUGCGUCUCGUGCGGAAUGCUGGGACAUCAUUUCUCGGGUUUCAGGGCAUGUCAGAGCAUAGCACAAUACCGUGCUGUGAGGACAUUAGGGGUGCAAACGAAAUUGAAAGCUACGAGAGAUUUGCGCGGUGGCUAAACCCACACGACCCGCGAGUAAAUCGAGAGACAAUGGACUCGAGGCUCAUCAACCAAGGGAAAACUGUGACGCCUUCUGUGCCGGGCGGGCUGCGGAUCCACCGACCUCUCCUGUCGUUUGCAAAAUCUGCGAUCAUUGACUUCUGCAACACAAAUCACGUCCCACAUGUCCAGGAUAAGACAAAUUAUGAUCCUACACUGACACUCCGGAAUGCUGUGCGGUAUAUGAGGACCCAUUACACCUUACCCAAAGCCUUGCAAACAUCCUCCAUCCUCUCACUUCAACAGUCGUCCUGGCGCUUUGCUACUUCCCUUGCGGCGCGAGGGGAACAGAUCCUUGAAAAUCUCAGAGUGCUUACCUUCGACCUGCGGUCCGGUCGUAUGACUGUACGAGUAUCGCCUGCUUUUAUCUCUCUGUGCGAGUUGGAUUCUGAAGCUGGGGCAUAUGCUUUGGCGAGACUGACAAGUGUGGUGAGCUCGCAGUCGAGAGAUGAAGAGCCGACUCUUGUACCUCGGCAUAACCUGAGGCAGUUCCUGGACAAGAACCGAUCUCGAUCGCGAGAGUGGGUGACUGUGCAGCAGGUGUUACUCGAGAAGUCAAGCACUGGACUAGAUAUGAGCGAACAAUCGGCGACAUCCGGAUUCCGAAUGGAACGGCAGAGCGAGUUUAGCGAGAGCUUUUCCGAUAGUGGAGGGACGAUAUGGACGCUGUCACGUCCACCAUUACGUCUGGCAGAAAUCACACGUACAUCAAGGAGCUUUUCCCUUGACAUCCGACCAGGCGAAGUCGGCAAUGAGGGUGCGGGUCCAAUCCUCCGGUUGGGAUGUGCUAAGAACUACAACCAGACAGGGCUUUGGUCCCAGUGGAUGCUUUGGGAUCAUCGAUAUUGGGUGCGUGUACGGACAAAAACUGCCGAAACGCUUUCCCAUAUCCGCAUUCGCACUUAUUGCGAGUCCGAUGUACAAAGUGUGUACACAAGGCUCAAGGAUAGGGGCUCAGAGCUUCAGUACAUUCUAGCAGAAGCAGCCCCAGGAAAGUUGAGGUUUACAAUUCCCGUGCUGACAGUAGACGGACAAGUUUCGGUGUUUCCGACAUUGAAUGUCGUCGUGGGGGGAAAGGACUCAAUGCGUGUUGACUCUGGACUGGCAGAUCACUCAAUCCUUGAAUGGGAAGUCUGCUACAAGGUCAUCGAUCUGCCAUUUAUCAAUGACCGUCGAGAAAUGAUUCAUUGGAAGAAUGCGCAGGUAAAACGCCACAAGUGA